GAACAAGACGGUUUUCUACUGUCAAUAACACACUACCUGCGGAGCUUUCCAUUCAGUCUGGAGUCACUAGACAAACUAGUGCCAGCCAAAUAUUGUUGGGUGACAGAGAGAACGUGGUCUCAGAGGAUGAGGAAGCAUCAGAUAAAGAGGAAGAGAGCCAAGAUGAGACUGUUAGUCGCGUGGUCGGUGAGGAGGAUGAAAUCAUCGAAGGAACUCCAGAAUCUUCGGAUAACGAGUCGGAUGAUAGUCCUCCUGCUGUAAAAUCUGCUCGGUUAUCAGAAGACUCAAGCUUUAAGCUCCCAGCAGUUCCCCCCUCAGAGACAUCCUUUAAAGUUCCAAACAAAACUCUUAAAAGGAUUAUAAAAACACCAGCCAAGAAUUCUUCUAUAACCUCAUCAAAUUCAAGAAACUCUGAUCCUGAAGGAUCAGUCCAGACAUCUGGAAAAACACCGAAGAAGAGGUCUAAUGUUUCGACUACAGACGCUUCAGCCAAAACUCCAGCGAAAAAAUCUCAUCUUCAGAAAGUAAAGACGCCAGCAAAAACACCAUUGAAGAGUGCAAAAAUAGCAUCUAAGAGUAGAGUGGAUACUGUAGAAACUCCAGUGAAAAAUGUAAAUGAAGAUCAUCUGGCCUCUGAUAGAGUAACAAGAUCUGCAAGGAAGCGGAAAUCAUAAAGCUAUUUUAGAAAGUUGAAAUGAAAUAAUACCAUUAUUGAUACCUUGUUUUAGACCUAAAUGUUAACCAUAAUGUUAUGAUUUUAAAAUUGUAAUUUUUAAAACUGCACUUGUAU